CUCGACUCUCAAUAACAUCAACAAUUCAUAGCAACCCUAAUCCUAUCCAGGCUCCAGCUAUGCCGAUGCUCUCCCGCCAUCUGUCCCUGUUUUUAUCCCUGUCUCUUUUCCUCCUCUUUUCCGGCGCUCCGGCCGCCGUCGACCUGAUCCUCCUCAACUGCGGCGCCGCCUCCAAUAUAACCGACAUCAGCAGCCGCAGCUGGGAAACCGACGCUGAGACAGCGUACACGCCGGGAAACUCCGCCGCCAAAUCAGCGCCGGCGUUCACAGCGUUCCAUAUGCACCCGUCGGUUCCCGAUCCGGUUCCUUACGAGACCGCUAGAAUUUUCCGGUCACCGUUCACGUACUCCUUCCCCAUCUCGCCGGGGCACAAGUUUAUACGCCUUUAUUUCUACUCCGACGUCUACGCCGGCUUCAAUUCGUCUCAUUCCUUCUUCUCUGUCGUCGUUAAUGGCGUAACUCUGUUGCAAAAUUUUAACCCUUUUCUCGAUUCCCCCAAAUCAGUUCCUGCUUUCGUUAAAGAAUUCAUUUUUAAUGUCGAUGGAGAUCGGAGAAUUGACCUAACAUUUUCCCCCAAUUCGGAUUCCUUUGCUUUCAUCAACGGAAUCGAAAUCGUUCCCCUGCCGGUCGACGGUCUCUACUUCAAGAACCGGCCAAUCAAAUUUGUGCCGAGCCAUCUGUACUACCUCCAAGACGACACCGUUUUAGAGACCCUCUACCGGCUGAACGUCGGCGGCGCCGACGUUCAGAUCCGGGACGAUUCCGGCAUGUUCCGGUACUGGUCCCAAGACGAUGAAUACAUAUACGGCGAGGAUGUUAGCUUCACGCCUCACGACGAGGGGCGGAACGUACAGUACACCGCCGGAACGCCGCCGUGCAGCGCGCCGGAGACUGUGUACAAAACUUCUCGGACGAUGGGGAAUUGGAGCAGGAGCCUGGAGUGGGCAUUUCCGGUGGAUUCUGGAUUUUAUUAUCUGCUCAGACUCCAUUUCUGCGAGAUUCAGCUGGAAGUGACCCACCAAAACGAGAGGGUUUUCACCAUUAGCGUAGAUAACGAGACUGCGGAAUACGAGGCCGACGUGAUCUUCUGGACCGGUGGCGCCGGAAUUCCCAUUUUCAGAGACUACAUAGCAGGUGUCCCCGGCGACGGCCGCCAUGGGAAGAAAGACUUGCGGCUGUCUCUGUUUCCCAACAACGAAGGACAGCCAAAGUAUUCGAAUGCGCUGUUGAACGGUUUGGAGAUUUUCAAGCUCAUCGAUUCGAAAGAGAGUCUUGCGACGGAGAACACUGAUUCUCCGGCGGUCAAUUCGUCUCCGGCGUUGGUAGCAGAGAAGAAGAAAAUUCGCCGGUCUCCGGUGACUUGUGUGGUGGUUGGGAGCGUAAUUGGGGCCGCUGCAUUGGUGGUGGCAAUGAGUUUCGUAGUGUCGCUUUGGCGAAGGAAAUGUGCGAAGAAGCAGAUUUGCUACCAAGUGAUUAAGAAUGAUAGUUCGGACAGCAUCACCGCUUAAUUAAUUAAGCUGGUGCAGAUUCUGGAAUCUGAGAUUGCAAUUACUAUAUAGUGUGUUUUAUAAGUAGAGAGAUUCUGCAGAUUGAUGAUGAUGAUUAUAAUUCUUGUGAGCGAUUGUAUAUAAUUUAUUUAUUGAAAUUUUGGUGGGCAGACCA